CACCACCCCAAACGUCGGGCACGAUUUACAGUCAGCACUGCCCUACAAGUGUCUCAGGGGCCUCCCUCCUCUCAUCGCCCACUCCCAAGUCCGCGUCCCGGGACUCAAUUUCCCUGCGGGCCUUUCCGGCAAAGUCGGCCCUGCAGCCGCCGCAGCCGCGAAAUCCCGGAGUGGAUUUUGGGAAGGGGCGCGCGAGCGGCGCACCGGGCAUGCGCGAGCGCGUCCUGGGCCCGGCGGGUGGAGGGUUCAGGUAGCGCGCCGUGGCGCCUCCUGCCUCGUUUGCCGUACUUCGGAGGUUUCGGCCGCCCCUCCAGCCCACGUAGGGCGCGGGUCCUGGUCUCAUUGUGAACAGCGUGUCCGGUUUCGCCGCGUCGGCUCACCGCCUAGCUGGGCUUCUCGCACCGAGGCCGCCGCAGUGACCCCGCCCCCGGGCCGAGGAUGUGAGGCGGGCCGGGCGUCCCCACACCGGGCCCUGGCGCCGGGAGUGGGCGUCUGGGCCGCGCCGGGCGAUGGCCCUGGGGCCGGUGCUCCUCGCCUCCUGGGUCCUGGGGCAGUGAGGGGGCCGGCGGGCGUGGGCCGAGGGGCCGCGGGCGCCAUGGAGGGGGUGCUGUACAAAUGGACCAACUAUCUGAGCGGUUGGCAGCCUCGAUGGUUCCUUCUCUGUGGGGGAAUAUUGUCCUAUUAUGAUUCUCCUGAAGAUGCCUGGAAAGGUUGCAAAGGGAGCAUCCAAAUGGCAGUGUGUGAAAUUCAAGUUCAUUCUGUAGAUAAUACACGCAUGGACCUGAUAAUCCCCGGGGAACAGUAUUUCUACCUGAAGGCCAGAAGUGUCGCUGAGAGACAGCGGUGGCUGGUAGCCCUGGGAUCAGCCAAGGCUUGCCUGACUGACAGUAGGACCCAGAAGGAGAAAGAGUUUGCUGAAAACACUGAAAACUUGAAAACCAAAAUGUCAGAACUAAGACUCUACUGUGACCUCCUUGUUCAGCAAGUAGAUAAAACAAAAGAAGUGACCACAACUGGUGUGUCCAAUUCUGAGGAGGGAAUUGAUGUGGGAACUUUGCUGAAAUCAACCUGUAAUACGUUUCUGAAGACCUUGGAAGAAUGUAUGCAGAUUGCAAAUGCAGCCUUCACCUCUGAGCUGCUCUACCGCACUCCACCAGGAUCACCGCAGCUGGCCAUGCUCAAGUCCAGCAAGAUGAAACAUCCUAUUAUACCAAUUCAUAAUUCACUGGAAAGGCAAAUGGAGUUGAGCAGUUGUGAAAAUGGAUCUUUAAAUAUGGAAAUAAAUAGUGAUGAAGAAAUCCUCAUGAAAAAUAAGAAUUCCUUAUAUUUGAAAUCUGCAGAGAUAGACUGCAGCAUAUCAAGUGAGGAAAAUACAGAUGAUAAUAUAACAGUCCAGGGUGAAAUAAUGAAGGAAGUUGGAGUGGAAAACCCAGAAAACCAUGACAAUAAUUUGACUCAGUCUGGUUCAGACUCCUCAAGUUGCUCUCCAGAAUCCCUCUGGGAAGAAAGCAAAGAAGUUAUCCCAACUUUCUUUAGUACCAUGAACACAAGCUUUAGUGACAUUGAACUUCUGGAAGACAGUGGCAUUCCCACAGAAGCAUUCUUGGCAUCAUGUUAUGCUGUGGUUCCAGUAUUAGAUAAACUUGGUCCUACAGUGUUUGCUCCUGUUAAGAUGGAUCUUGUUGGAAAUAUUAAGAAAGUAAAUCAGAAGUAUAUAACCAACAAAGAAGAGUUUACCACUCUCCAGAAGAUAGUGCUGCACGAAGUGGAGGCCGAUGUAGCCCAGGUUAGGAACUCGGCGACUGAAGCCCUCUUGUGGCUGAAGAGAGGUCUCAAAUUUCUGAAGGGAUUUUUGACAGAAGUGAAAAAUGGGGAAAAGGAUAUCCAGACAGCCCUGAAUAACGCAUAUGGUAAAACAUUGCGGCAACACCAUGGCUGGGUAGUACGAGGGGUUUUUGCGUUAGCUUUAAGGGCAGCUCCAUCCUAUGAAGAUUUUGUGGCCGCGUUAACCAUAAAGGAAGGUGACCACCAGAAAGAAGCUUUCAGUAUUGGGAUGCAGAGGGACCUCAGCCUUUACCUCCCUGCCAUGGAGAAGCAGCUGGCCAUACUGGACACUUUAUAUGAGGUCCACGGGCUGGAGUCUGAUGAGGUGGUAUGAUGGCUGCUGGGCAGCACCUCCUAACUUCAGGGAAUAAAGUGCUAAAGUGUUGUGUUGCCCUACUUAAUUUCCAGCAACAGCCUCAGCCCUCUCCAACCCCUUCACUUGGGGGGAUGGACAGGAGGAGGCAAAACCCAGUGCUUUUAUAUAUAAUUUUUAAAAUGCAUAUGUGUUUUGUGUAUUUAAAGAUCAAGGUGCUAUAUAUUUCAGUUCAGCAGGCCUACUGGAUACCAAAUGAUAAGCUGUUAUAGACUUGAACAGCAAGUUAUAAGAGCAGAUUUAACAAAUGAAUUUGCUGUUACUGUGUAUUGUUUUUAGGUUUUAGUUUUAAUGAACCCAAACCCAAGCUGAAAAUCAGCAGGUUUCGUAUUAAGUACUAUAAUUCAUAACCACUGUUUCAGCCAACUCAGAAUUAGACUAGACACUUGGAGGUAGUAUAAGCCGCUUUGUUGAAGCUGUGUGGAGUUUGCUAUUCCUAGAUGCUCUUCAGUGGACCUUCUUCACUGUAACUCUGUCAGUGAUAAGGGCCUGUAAAGUAAAAAUGUUUAGAGCAUUCACAUGACCAUGAAAUUUUGGGAGGUGAAGAAGACAUGGACAGGAGUCCCAUCCUUGUUGAGAGGCAUGAGACUGCUGCUCUGAGGUUAAUGGUGUGCCCUAACCCCAAGCUGGAGGGGAGAAUAUGGGAGAGGUGGGACAGCUCAUUUGAGAUGACACCUCCCAACUACCUACCAUGUACCAACAUGUUCUCCAUGCUUUAUCUCAAUGGGACAUCACAAGGAAUGAUACUCAAAGGGAUUAUUACCCCACUUCAAAAGCAAGGUUUAGAAGUUGAGGGAUCAGUUCACAGUCACAUAGUUUAUAAGUAGAAGAGCCAGGUAAUUUCCAAGUAUGACCUGGACUGCCUCUGUAUCAAAGUCACAUGGAGUGCUUAUUCAAACAGCAGAUUCCCAGGCCUUAUUUUCACCUAAAGAACCAGAAUCUAGGUGGCGGGCCAUAGGAAUCUCCAUUUCAAUGAACUUUACACAUGAUUCUUCUGCACACAGUAUUGAAGAGCAACUAGAUUAAAUUCUAGUUUAUAGAAUUCCCAGUUUCCUUCAACUAAAUGAUACAUCCUUUUUUUCAAAGAGGAGGAGGCUGCCAUUUAAAUAAAAUAGCUAAAUGGAGAGUGAGAAGUGGAGCAAGUUUACUCAGCAAUAUUCUAAAUUGAGCCAGCACUGACACCCAGCCAGUAGGCCUUGGCAUUGCAUUCAGGGGCCAUGGCUCUGAACCGAUCAGUCUUGGUUUAAUCACCAAAAGUGCAGAGUAGGCAAAAUGCAGCUGUUUAUCAAUCUCAAAAGCUUUGGGACAGUGUCAUAGUUCAAAGAUGAGACUUAAGUAUUUCAUAAAACAAUGUUGCGUGGGCGUUCUUCUGCACAGUGUGAUGCCCCAACCCUGGUCCUGGUCUCAGUAGACCAUGCUGCUUCGAGUGUGCAUAGGAGAGAAGCCAUGGGUACCUUACCCAUUAGAGGCGACUUCCUUCCAGUAACAGGAAGGGAAGUUGCAGCAUAAGGUAGUUACCCAGGGUAGCAGGUCCUUUGAGAGGCUUGGUUGAGUUGAGCAUCAUCUCUAGAUGAUGCUGUUCCUACUGCAGAUCUCUAGGAUGGAGAGAAUUCUCUCUUGAGUCAAAAAGUUUAUGUAGGGAGGGGUAUUGGUUUUGCCUUUUGUCUGUCUUUAAACAAAUGAACAUUUCUUUAGCUCAAAUUAAUUAGGCAUUUUGCCCACGUAAAGACUUCUAGAAAACACUUAAACUUCAAAAAUCAACAUCACAUGUUUUAAGGCUAGGGAGAAGGGGGGUAUUAAAAUGAUGUUCAUUAUUUA